AGGUAAGCGACCAAUUUUCUAUAGAUUUUUGGUUCUUUUUGAAGAUUGGGCAGGAUGCAUCCUCCGCGAAUCCGGCCGGGAACAUAUUCUGUUUCUUCUCCCGAGAUUGGCCUAUGGAAUUCUUACUGCACAGCUUCUUCUCCACCGAUUCUGAAACGGCAUGCUCAUGUUCUCUCCUGCAAUCUGUGUAUACCAGUCCGGACCUCUUCUUCCCUUGUCCAGGCGAAUUCGUGUGUUCGUGGUUCGACGCAAUCUGCUGUUAGAUUGGGAGUCCAAAAACCUGCCCGAAGUAGGCAGAAAGAUUCGGCUUAUCGAAUUUAGAAGCGCCGACUUUAGAGGGACAUCCAUUACGGUGUCACACCCCACUGCCAUCUGAUCGGCUCCGUCGUUUGACGGGAAGCGGGUGAGUAAUAUCGGAUAAAUGCAGACCAGUGUUUCUCCUAACGAGCACGCGUGAUAGGUUGCGUCUCCGCUUUACGCGUGUCCACAUCAACUACGGUCCCAAAAUCCAGACUUGCCAGAUGCUAUGGAUAUGGCCGUUGAACACAAGCAAUCUGGUGAGCCAGAGGAACGAAAUGAAGAUACGUUCUUCUUGCAAUCGAUGUCCAAGUGGGAGUGCGGUUGUGGUCUGCUUGAGAAGCCAAAAACAUCGCUGACCGCUCCUAUAGGACGAUUUCUGUACUGCCAAAUGUAAUUCUGAACCCCUGCUGCACAGUACCGAAAGGUGGGACAUCCUUUGCGAAUAUAGCCGAUAGAUGGACGAUAUAAUCUGACGUCUACUCCGCAAAAGUUGGCAAGGGAUUGGGCGAAACUGUUUCCCUGCG